ACACACGAUCGACAUUUACGUGAUCCAUCUCAAGAGACUGAAGAUGUCUGAAAGCAAUUAUGCCAAUGUGAGCAUUGUAAGGGCAAAGGAGACGGACAGAGAAGAUGGAGAGGAGAUGAUCAUCUAUGGGAAUGCAGACAUUAUAAACAGUCAUAAUGUCUGUACAAGAACUAUAGACUCAGACAUCAGGAGAAACCAAACGCCUCAACAAACAGGAAGUGAGUGUGUGAGGAACAGAAGUCCCAGAUCAGUUCUAGUGUGUUUGGUGGUGCUGUGUGUUCUUCUACUGACUGCAGUCAUAGUGCUGUGUGUCCUGAUCUACACAAACAAUCACCAGUUUCACAUCAACUACAAAAACAUCACACAAGACAGAGACCAACUACUAACCAACAACACCAAACUCACAGAAGAGGAAAACCAGCUACUAACUGCGAAAAUAAACUUGACAAAAGAAAGGGAUGGAUUACUAACGCAGAACAACAACCUAACUAAACAAAGAGACCAGUUAAAGAAAGAGAGAAACGCCCACCCAAAGAAUUGUCAUGGAACGGAUAUUUGGCUUUUCCAUGAGUCCAGUUUUUACUUCAUUUCAUCUGAGAAGAAGAGCUGGAGUGAGAGCAGAAGUUACUGUAGAGAGAGAGGAACAAAUCUGGUCAUCAUUAACAACAGAAAGGAACAAGAUUUUGUUAAGAAAAUUUCUGGUACAGAAAGACUCUGGAUUGGUUUGUCUGACAGUGAUGAGGAGGGCAGAUGGAAAUGGGUCGAUGGCAGCACACUGACCUAUAGCUUCUGGAAAUCUGAAGAACCCAACAGAAAUGCAGGUGAUGAAAACUGUGCUGUGUCUGAUUCAUCAGGAUGGGAUGAUUAUGUGUGCACUAAUGCAUUUAAAUUUAUGUGUGAGAAAAAAAUUAGAUGAUACAGUACAAAUGUUUAUUAAGUAAACUGUGGACAUCCAUCUUUUUUCCAUCCCACAAAGUCUAUUUUAUCUACCGUCCAAAGUAUGUUUCCCCAACUUAGAAUAAAAGAUAUUCACCAAUAAAUUAAAUUAA